UUGGUAGUCUCUUAUUUUAUAAACAGUGUCUGUACAUAUGGCGUCUGCUGUAAUACCCAAUCUGUCUGCAGACGGAUAUACUCGUUUUAAUGAUGACACAAUUAAUCUCCGAAGAGCUGUCGUCUCAGACAGGGACGGGCAUGAUAUUGACUCAAGAAUGGACGUCUCCGCAGCUGCUGAAGAACAAGACCUUCCCAACAUGAUUGGAAGUCAAUCAAGUCUGGACCAUGAAUAUGUUACUGAUGGAGUAUCUGGAGAAGUACGAGUCCUUUCUGACCCAAAAGAUGUUGGGAAAUCUUGGGAAACUAAUUACCAUGAAGCUGCAAUAUUUUUAGAGGAAGGGGCCAAUAAUGAGAAGUUUGAUUCACAUCCAAGUGAUCCCAAGGCAGUACCAGCAUACCUAUUAGUGCACAAUAAUUGGUAUUAUGGUUUGGAUUUGUUCACAUCUUCAUUGUUAUUGAUUCUUGCUCUUGGGGAAGACCCUGCAGUGACAGCUUUAAAGCUACCCGUUGCAGCUCAUAGCAUCAUGGAAAUUGCUGCAUUGAUCACCAUAGCUGGAGAAUUGUUUCUAAAAUUGAGAUGGAUAGGUUGGCGCACAAUACUCCGGCAUAAGAGAACUGCUAUCAAGUGUUUGACACUCGUUGUGAUGUUUUUUGAAGCACUUGUGGUUUUGAUAAGAAGAUCAAGCCAUUUUCGUGUUACAAGAGCCUUCCGACCAAUUUUUUUGAUUGAUACGAGAAGCUUUGGUGCUGUACGCAGGUUUAUUCGCCAAAUUCUGCAGUCAAUGCCUCCUAUUUUAGACAUGAUGGGACUCCUUUUCUUUUUUGUGUCUACUUUUGCCUUGUUGGGAUUUUUCCUUUUCUCAGAAGAUCCUCACAAUCCUAACUUCUCCACCUUGACCUCCAGCUUUGUCAGCAUGUUUGUGCUCCUCACGACUGCUAAUUUCCCAGAUGUUAUGAUGCCGGCAUAUUCUCGUUCAACAUGGUACGCGCUCUUCUUCAUCUCCUAUCUCUGCAUUGUCUUGUAUGUUCUUAUGAAUUUGAUGCUUGCAGUUGUCUAUGAAACUUUUACCCGGGUGGAACGAGACAAAUUUAGAAAAUUGCUUCUUCAUAAGCGACAAGCAUGCAGGUUGGCAUUCAGGCUUCUAGUUUCAAAACAAAAUCCUACUAACUUACGGUUUCGACAAUUUGAAGGAUUGAUGCACUAUUAUGCACCCAAUAAGUCACCCUUGGAUGUACUACUGAUGUUUCACUAUUUAGACCAAAGUGGAACAGGAGCAUUAUCUCAAGAUGACUUUUUUCGUGUUUAUGAUGCUGUUACACUUACAUGGGAACCUCAAUUUGCACAUAUUCCUUGGUUUCAUACUGCUUGGCCUCCACUCCAAAAUGUCCUUCAGAAGACGCAUGAUUUAGUUCAUUGGAAGCAUUUUGAGCUUGUUAUAUAUGUCCUUAUAAUUUGCAACGGCAUUGCUAUGGUCUCCCGAAUCGGCCAGGACUACAAUAAUUUGCAAGAGGCAGCGAGAGCAUUUGCUGCUUCAUGGGACACUAUACUUUUCUUGGCUAUAUUUGUGCUUGAAGCUCUUUUGAAAGUACUGGGUAUGGGGCUCUCCCGCUACUUUUCAUCAGGAUGGAAUGUUUAUGAUUUUACCGUCACCCUUGCUGCUCUUCUUGGAGUUUUGUUAAAUUACAUGUUCCCACGGUUAACAUGUAUUGUUGUCCUUCGACCACUAAGAUUAUUACGGCUCUUCAAGAUGAAAAAGCGAUAUCGUGAUGUAUUUGGCACAGUAGUUUUAUUAUCUCCCUUGAUGUCAUCUGCUCUUAUGGUGAUACUUGUGCUCUACUACUUUUUUGCAAUCAUCGGUAUGGAACUGUUUGCGGGGUAUAAUUUGAAAAACUGUUGCAAUGGGACUCCAGUUGAAGACUUCUACAGAUGGAGUGCAAACACAACCAGUUCUGGUGGAUAUUAUUAUCUCAACAACUUUGAAAACAUAGCUGUUAGUUUUGUCACCCUUUUUGAAUUGAUGGUGGUGAAUAACUGGUUCAUUGUCAUGAAUGCGUAUGCGGUUGUAGUUCAUCCAUCCAGCAGAUUAUAUUUUAUGCUCUUUUAUUUGUUGACUUCAGUUGUAUUAACUAUUGUGGUUGCCUCUGUGCUUGAAGCAUUCCGUUUCCGCAUUCAGUACAAGAGACAAACAACUAAGCGCGAAGAGGAAAAAAUGUUACAUGAAGAACUGCAUUUGAAAUGGGAAGAGAUUUCUCGUCUUUUGAGAGACCAACAUUUACUAGACACUCUUAGGCCACACCUUGUUGUUGGAGGUACUUCUACUUUUAUUGGUUGCAGACCAAGAAAUAGGGAAGUGCUUCAAAACAGAAUGUAUCGAGCCGAAAUUGAAGAAUGGAUGAAUGAAGCAGCAGCUGCCGAGAAGAGUAAUCAAAAUGGAAAUCAGCAGCUUGCCCAUGAAGUAGAUGCAGAACAUGUUGUGAUUACUGAGUCAGAUAGCAUUGUUCUUGGUGUGGACAGGGAAGACACAAUUUUAAGACGUUUGACUCACCGGUAGAGACUUUUCCAACAAUUUUGUAUUGAUCUUAUUUGAUAACAAUUAGUAUAACAAAGUACAUUAUAUCAAAAUGUAAUCUACCUAAGACCUGCUAAUUUUGUAACUUGUGAUCAUUAAACUGUUGUAGUAUUGUUUGUAGAGCUAGUCAGAAGAUUUGUAGACGUGUAGUUUAAUUAAUUAAUUUACAUCAAGCUUGAUCAAUCUAAAAAAGAAAAGAAAAAAAAGAAAGAAAAUUGGAUUGUAUUGAAACUAUGCAUUCCUCUUCUGAAAAGAAGUGUUGAAUGAUGCUUUGAAUUUAUAGUAUUGUGAAGCAAAAACAAUUCUAUUAGUUUGUUACAAGGGAAUGCAUGUUAUAACGUUAAAAAACAGGGAGAGUUCAUUUGCAGUCCUGCAGUUAUGUAAAGUGGUACAGGUACAAGAUGAAUGAUUGUAUGUUGGACAUAGACCAAUAGGCUGUCCUAGAAGCCAUAGUUCAACAAAUGUUGUGAUAUUUUUUGUAAGAGUUUAUCUCUUUGCUUUCAACCUUCCAAAGAGCAGCUUUUUAAUUUUUUUUUAAUGGAGAUUAACUUUAUUAAGCACAGGAUUUCCUGGAGACCAAAUGUAUAAGUGUACACAUUUAAUGAAAUUUGUGUAUAAACAUAACAAAAUGAAAAAUUUAGAGAUCUCAUAGUGUAGUGAACUUUGACACAGGAAAUUAUGAAUUCCAGAUAAAACUUAGUUACCAUAGCUUGUAUCAGAUAAGUCAGGGCUACAUGGUUUCACAUUCCAUCAAUGGGUAUUUACACUACAUGCUUUAAACACCACUAGAUUUGUAGAGUUGUUGUGACAAAUUAAAACCUAUGUGCAACA